AAGGUAGUAUAUGCACGGCACGGACGACACCAGCAGCAGAGCCCCGAGCAAUCCCUUCUCGCCCUUUUCACUUUUCAGAUCCAGCCAGCCAGCCAGCCAUCCCACUCCGCACCGCAUUCCUCGCAGUGGCAGAGCUUGCAGCGGUGGUCUCUUCCCCUUCCUCCUGUCUCCUCCUCGCUCGAUCUCCUCUCCCAAGCAGCGAGAAGCGGAUGGGGAGGGCGCCGUGCUGCGAGAAGGUGGGGCUGAAGAAGGGGAGGUGGACCAAGGAGGAGGACGAGGUCCUGGCGAGGUACAUCAAGGAGCACGGGGAAGGAUCGUGGAGGUCACUGCCCAAGAAUGCCGGGCUGCUGCGGUGCGGGAAGAGCUGCAGGCUGCGGUGGAUCAACUACCUGCGGGCGGGUCUCAAGAGGGGGAACAUCUCGGAGGAGGAGGAGGACAUGAUCAUCAAGCUCCACGCCACGCUUGGCAACAGUUUCAUUCUUCUUUCUUCUCCCCGCAGGUGGUCCCUGAUCGCCGGUCACUUGCCCGGUCGAACAGACAACGAGAUCAAAAACUACUGGAACUCGCACCUGAGCAGGCGGGCGGCCGACUUCCGCGACGGCGUCGUCGUCGACAUCGACCUCAGCAAGCUGCCCGGCGGCGGGAAACGGCGCGGCGGCCGGGCCAGCCGGGGCGCCGUCGUGGCCGCGGCCAAGGAGAAGAAGGCCAAGGAGAAGGACGACAGGGGCAAUAGCAAGGUCGCAGAAGCGGAGCAGCAGCUCAGGGACACGGAGGACGACGACGGCGGCAGCGUCUCCACGCCGAGGCCUCAGUCUGAUGACUGCGGCACCGCCCAGAGCGAAGAGGAGCAAGCGCAGGCCAGCGCCAGCGGCCUGACAUCCGAUGGGCAUGGGCCCGAGGAGGAGGAGGAGGAGGACCCGCUGGCUCUGAGCGAGGAGAUGGUGAGUGCGCUUCUGGCCCCGGAAAGCCCAAAGCUGGAGGUGGGCCCCGAUGGCUCGUGCAUGGACAGCUACAGUGGCCCUCCGUCAGGGGAAAGCGGCUGUGGGUCCAGUGGGCCUUCUGGCGACGUGGCCCAGGACCUGGACCUAGACGACGACAAGGCCAUCAUGGACUGGGACUUGAUGGGGCUGGACAUCUCGACCGCCGGUGACAUGUGGGACCAGCUGGUGUGGGACUACGACGAAACGUUGGUCACGGAACCGGAAGGAGGGGAGGAAGGGCACCAGCAGCAGGACGAUGUCAUGUCAGACCUCUUCUUCCUGGACAAUCUCUAGGAGGUGCGAGGAUAGCAUGGGCAUGGCUGCCGUGAUGCUUUAUGCUUUUUAAUUUGAUCCGGUACUUGUAGGUUUUUGGGUGUGUUCAGUUCAGAGAUGAGUGGCGGUGUCAGAGACGAGAUAAGGGGAGUGCUCCAGUGACAUCUUUGUUUGCUGGCCGGAUCUCACGAACCCGUAGAAUGGCAAGAAUGUAGAAAAAUAAGCACGCAAUAUCACUUGGAAACCUUUCAUCAGUAGAGCCUGUCUAACAUCUACAGACGGAGAAAUGCAAAAAAAAAAAAAAAAGGUUGCUGGGAUUGCCAUAGUCUGCUAAUCCUUAGGUCUUUUCUUUUGACAAACACGAUUGCUUUAUUAAUUGAUUCAAGUCAUGAUUACAAU